GAUACCUGCAGUCUAGCGUAGGUCUCUCUUGUGAGUGGUUGUGCGUCAUACGUCCUUCUCUGCGGCCUGACUUGAAGCUCGGUGAAGCUCUAGGGCAUUGCACCCCUUUGAUGAAAGUGAACGAUGAAAUGACUAGAUAGUGUAUUUGACCAUAAGCUUUUAUACUAGCGAUCCUUUUUCUUCAACUUUAACAUUAAAAAUUUUUAAUUAGAUAUGAAAUCCAGUGAUUUUCUGACGAAAGAUAAAAUAAUUUAUAAAACAAUGUCAUUUGUUAGGAAUACCUUACACGGCGGCUUGAGUUCUACAAGACCACAACUUCGACUCAGUACAUUUUGCGUCUUACAAGUAUUGCUCUUAGCUACAUUUUGUGCGACUGUCUCGAGUGCCGGUAGAAAUGAUGCUGCUGUGUCAGAAGAAAGACUACCGUACUCUGCGCGCCACAGUAGGGUAUUGGAUCAGAAUGGCAUGCAUCCUUUUCCACUCACCAACUACGAUCUAACCAACGCUCAGUCCAGUGCCAGAGCCAAGACCCUGCAACGUCUCAUGAACCAGCGACAGCGAUCCCUUCUGCUGGAAAAUGGACAAGCAGUUUCGUCUCCAACUCGCUUCAUGUACUCCUCUGACAACGAACAAUUCUCGCAACGUAGUGGCAGAACAACGAAGGACGAGGUUCCUGUCAUGAGUGAAGGAAUAUACGAAGACGAUGACACAGGGAGAUCGUUUGCCCUGGGCAGCAUGAUCGAGCAGCUCAGCUCUGCCCUCCACAGAUCCCUCGUCAGGAGCCGCGCGUCCUCGGCAAAGUCAGAGGGUCGGCAGCAAGCGGCGUCGCCCAAGCAGCUCAGCAGAAAUCAAAACCAGAUAGCGACCGAGGGCACGGGGGGUGGCAACGACUACUACGCGCACGACAGGCAGAAGGCGAGCUCGCUGCCGGAGUGCGCCACGCAGCAGGUUUGUAACGCGGUGUACGUGCGUCUGAACAUGACCCAGCCACUGUGCUCCUGUCCUGUUCUGACCGCCCCCUGCAGCGCCUCCCUCGCGCCCACCGACAAGCACACCAUCGAGCUCAAGAUGGGCGCGCGCGACUCUAAGGCCGUGACGCUGAUCAAGACGUGCGAGCCUGUGUGGAGCGUGCGGGACUGCCGGGCGCCGCGGGACUGGUCCAUCCUGGCGCUGCAGAACUCCAGGACGGGCAAGGCGCACUACCUCGUCAUCUGCAAGUGCCCUGACGGCUCCCAGCUCGACGGGCCGCUGAACCACGACCAGCCCGCGUACGCCCAGGUCCCGGGCAUCCGCGUGUACGGAAUGAUGUGCGUGUCCACCUCCCUUCGUGCAGGUCGCUACGUCAGAGAUUCUCCGGACUUCCCUUGGCCUCGAGCUCAGGCAGCUCUAAGCGACCAGUCGGUGCUGGAUGAUCUCCUUAGCUAGAACACGUCUCGAACACGUCUAGAACACGUCUAGAACAUGUCUAGAACGCGUCUAGAACACGUCUAGAACAUGUCUAGAACGCGUCUAGAACACGUAUAGAACACGUCUAGAACGCGUCUAGAACACGUCUAGAAUGCGUCUAGAACACGUCUAGAACACGUCUAGAACACGUUUAAAACUCGUCUAGAACUCGUCAGCUGCGAUCAUCGUACGUCCUCGGUCGCUGUCUGAAAAAUGUGAUGGGAGCUUGUCGAAUUCGUUUUCUAUUAAUGUCCUUUAAGAUUUAUUGAGACGAAUCGGUAUCGUUAUUUGAGGAGAUAAAUGGCGUGUACGUCUAAAAAUUUUCAUUUUAACCAAAUAUGAUAAAACUAAAAUAAUAUAACUAACCUGAUUAUUUCAAUCGAACUAAACUUUCAACCUUAAUAGAACCUAAUUAGCAUUCAAUAAAUUCUAAGGUUCUUGUGGCCAUUUCAUUGGGCGAUGACGAUUAAUUUCCUCAGUAGCAUAGCAUGCAGGUGCAUCCAAGUUGCGGGUCAAAACUAAACUAUGCUAGUUGAUUUAAUGGAAGUUAUUGAUUGAUAAAUUAACGAAGAGUCACGCGUACAGCGGUUUCAUCUGACACGUUGACCUAUUUAUAUGAUCUAAUAGAACAUUUUGUGGUUAAAGUGUCCUGUGCAUUGUAUUAAUUUAUGUAUUUGUCUAGAUUAAUUUUGUUGGACGAUUGUCGUCACUAUUAUAAACUGCCUUGCUUUUACGCGUUAAAAUGUUACAUGGAUAGACGAGGGCAUCAUAAUGAAUAAAAAGAGCUUUGUUCAUAUACAACUUGUAGCUACUGCUACCGACGGAUUACGUCAGUUUCGAAUCCAUUAUUAAUUCUUUACGUUUGGAGAAAAUAUUUUUUGUAUUGAACGCAAUUAUUCGAAUAUAAUAUCCAAUUUUGGCUUUCUUCGUGGCACUUUUGAAUGCUCUUAUUUCCAACUCUCAUUCCGUAGAGACACUUUUCACUGCCCCCGUUCAUGUAUAUCACUUGUCAGUAAAAUUAUAUAAACCUAUGAUGUUAUUUUCUUCCAGAGUCUAUUAUAUUACUCUGUAAAUAUUACAAUAUCACCAGAUGUCUUUUAUUUAAAUUUCUGUUGUAAUAAGGUGGAAUUUUUACUCACAAUAAAACAUUUAU